AAGUAUCCAGCCUUAAUGACAGAUACACAAAAGGAGAAAUAAACAGCUAAAGUGACCUGCAGCCUCUAAAAAUACCCGUUCAAUCAGCACAGUUUCUUUACGAUCUUGACAGUAGCAUGAAUCUGCCCUGAGAUGGAAGCUCUCCAGGGAGGGAUUCUUGAUUUCAAAUCUGUCUGCAGGGACUGUAGCUAUGUGUUGCUAUUGUAUUAAGUGAGGAUCAUCAUUCAUUUUGUCUCUGUGUGAAGAAAGAAAAUGGUGGCAUUUUUCUGAGGAAACAAGGAAAAUACAGAUCAGAACUUUCCAGUGAGGUAAACCAGUGAAGUCAGUAGGAUAAGGGCAGUGUGUGCCAAGAAAAUUCCAUUAUAUCUUCUCUGUAGCUUGCAAACCCCAUAAAUACCCUUCAAUAAGGGCUGCUUGGUGCCUGGGGGGGAGGAGGGGUAGAACCCGAACAAAAAAGCCAAACCCACAGCCUUCAAUAACAACAGGAAUUCCAGUUGUCUCUGAUUUUCAGAUAUAACCAGUGUGUUCUAAUAUCUUAGCUUCAGUAAGUGCUUCUGGUUUUGCAUUUGGUAGCUUGAAACCUUCGGUGGAAUGUAUGCUUUCGAGUCAAUUUGGCAGUCCCUAGGAUUAUUGAGAAAAGGCUUCAAGUGAACUCUCUGAAAUAACUUGAUGUGCCAAGUAUGUGCAAGCAUAUGAAAAAAGUAUAGUCAACUUAAUGCUGUGUGCCAGUUCAUUGUUUGCUCUUGAUGUUGGAUCAUACAGUCAUAGAAUAACUUAGCUUGGAAGGGACCUCUGGAGGUCAUCUAGUUCAACUCCCUGCAUUAUAAUCUUUAACGCCCUGAUGAUAGCAUUGCUACCAUCAAAGUUAGAGUAGGUUGCGCCAGGCCUUGUCUGGUUGAGCUUUCUCUGCAAGGCAUUAAUACGGAGUUGAAAGUUUGAUCUGCAGCAUAGCCAAAUUUGGGCCUAAGUGCCCCAAACUUUGGAAAGUUACAGAGUUUUAAACAGAAUUAAGUAUACCUUUCCUUUGUUAAUUGGAAGUUGUGUUUCCUUUCCUUUUUUGGUGUCAUGGUUCUGGUUCUCCAGUUGUGCAACAGUCUUCCAUGUGCACAAUACAAUGAUUUUUGAAAGAUAAAAAGCAAGCAGAAAAGUCUAUCACCCUGCAGCACACAGUUUGAAAGGCUGAUAAACCAAUUUAAAUUUGAAAGGUCCGUAGUAUUUUACCUGCAUAAUGACUUAUUUGUUUAAAGGCUAAGAUACUGAAUCCUGCAUGCUUAGAGGUGCAGUUGUAAUCAGCUUUAUUUUUCUGUCCUUAACAGCAUGAAGUUCUUCCUGUGCAAAAUCCAGCUCUUACGCCUUGUCCAUGAAAUUUAUUCACUCACUGACACUGAUGGCCCUACAGAAGCUGUAGAUAAAAGCACAACCUCAGCAGAUGCAGCUCUCAGUGUCCUAAGGACUCCAGAGAAGGAUCUGCAGCAAAACAACUCCACAAAAAGAGGCACCUUCAGAACAAAGAUGAAGAUUGGGAAAGCUUUCAGUACCUUUAACAACAGCAAUGGAACAGAUCUGGCUAUCGGCUUUACCUCUUCCACAGUAGCUGUCCUUCUAUUUGGGACAAACUUUGUGCCUGUUAAGAAAUUUGAUACUGGCGAUGGCAUGUUCUUCCAAUGGAUUCUCUGUGCCUCCAUAUGGAUAGUUUCUUUGGUUGUCAAUUUAAUCCAGAAUUGCCCCCGGUUUUGGCCUCUGGCAAUGGUUGGGGGUUUCGUGUGGGCUACAGGCAAUAUUACAGUUGUCCCUAUUGUCAAAACUAUUGGCUUAGCUCUUGGUCUUUUGAUAUGGGCUUCUUUUAAUUUGCUGACAGGUUGGGCAAGUUCAAGGUUCGGUUGGUUUGGAAUUGACCCGGAAGUGGUAUCAAGACCAAUCUUAAAUUCUGUUGGAGCAGGACUUUCACUACUAAGUGCUGUCAUAUUUCUUUUUAUAAAAACUGAAAUCCAGAGUCCUUCAGCUUCACUAGAAAGCACACCUUUACUGAGAGAAAGUUCUAUUAAUGUUUCUGAAGAUACCUCUGAUGACUCAUGGGUGAACAGACUUUCUCCAGCAAAAAAGAGACUCAUAGGAUGCAGCCUGGCUGUAGUAGCUGGAAUACUCUACGGUUCCAGUUUUGUACCAGUACUUUACAUCAAGGACCAUGGAAGACGAAAUGAAACUAUAUACACAGGAGCAAGUCAAUUUGAUUUGGAUUAUGUUUUUGCACACUUCAGUGGAAUAUUUCUUACAAGUACCAUCUACUUUUUUAUCUACUGUGCAGUCAGGAAAAAUAAACCUAAUGUUUAUCCCCAAGCCAUAUUGCCAGGGUUUGUUUCUGGUGUGCUUUGGGCAAUAGCCAAUUGCUGCUGGUUCAUAGCCAAUCAUUAUCUCAGUGCUGUGGUCAGCUUUCCAAUCAUUACUGCUGGUCCUGGCCUUGUUGCUGCAAUGUGGGGAGUCCUUGUGUUUAAAGAAAUAAAGGGACUGAAAAACUAUGUGUUACUCUCAGUAGCGUUUUGCGUCAUUGUUGCUGGAUCUCUCUCCACGGCUUUUUCUAAAGUUUGAAAGGAUCUUCUGGACCAGUAGAUGGUGCUACUGUGUAAUAUAAUCAGAAAUACAUACAUUUCAAAAUGUAUGUCCAACAUUUACCCUAACUUGCUUCAGACAAGUGAAUAGGAAAACCUUUGCUAAAUGUUCGUAUUUGGCAUGAGAGAAAACUGGAAAUGUUUCUGCGUUUCUUGGAACAGUAAGAAUAUCAAAGGAUUUUAUUAAAUGAAGCCAAAUGAUUUUAUGGUUAGUAAUUAUUUUUUUCUGGUUGUGGUACUAAACUUCACAUCAUCAUAAAUUGCAGUUCACCAUUGAGAUGGGGGAUAAAGGGAUUUUAAUUCUUAAUCUGUAAUGCUGUAUUCAUUUGCAAACUGAUUUGUCUUAUUGUAACAUCCUGUUUUACUGGCUCGAAUGUAAAAUAUAUCUUGGAAUAUUCUUUAUGGAGCUAAUACACAUGAAGAUGAGAAGCAUUUUUUUUUUAGAAGCAUUAUUCCUUAAAGUCAUCAGUUUACAUAAAAAAAGUUUAUCUUCUAAUCCAAAAUUUUGGAAGGAAAUACAGAAAAAAAAAGGUGCUGUAAAAUAAAUUACUCGUGUUUGCGGAUAAACUGUGUAGUUGCAAGAACAUUACAUAGAAAUCAUGACCGUGAUACAAAUAUUGGGGGAAGGUCAGGGUUUUUUAAUUUCAGUUGUAUGGAACUUGGCAAGUAAACAUUGCAUUUUAUCUAACUUGUGAUGUUGCAAUAUCAUCUGUGUGGUUCAAAGUUUGUUUCCAAAUAACUGGGCAUUUUCUGAAUACUUGCUUUUCUAUGUAGAACAUUCAAAUCUUUAAAAUCCUGUUUGACAAUAUUUAUUACAUUCAAGCAUCAUGCUAAAACUACCCAAUCAUUGUUCUACCCAAAGCAAAGUCAUCUCUAUGUAAAUAACUUCUAACAGUUGUUGUCUAACUUGUUUCUUUAAAAAAAAAAAGAAAAAAAAAAAGAAUAAAAAAAAAGAAUUGAAGAAGUAGGUUUUGCAACAUUUUUAGGCAAACUAAUCCAGUUUCUAACUAUGUGUCCUGCUAGAAAACCGUGAUAUCCAAAGGAAAUUCCUUAUAGUGAAUGUUAUGUCCAGUUUCCAUGACCACCACUAAGGUGGAGAACUCUUUAUUUUCCUCCUCAUGGCAGCUCCCAGUGCAAGCCUGUUGUCUGAGCUUCUCCUUAAGUCUUUCCUUCAGUGUAUUAGACAACACAAGAUCCUGCAGUGUUACACUCUUUGUCAUCACAGCUUGAUAUUGUUAACAUGUUCAAAUUGCAAUAAUAUUUUUCCUUUCUCCCUUCCACUCUUCUUUGUUUACUAUUUAUUAGUUUUGAUCUUAGAAUUGUUACUUAGCCCACUUUUUCCCAUCCUGUAUUGUUUAUUCUUACCAAAGUGUCAGAACUUGGUGUCUAGCAGGUUUUUUUCUACUUAAGGCAUUUCUCUAAUUUUGCUCUGUGUAUUAACCCGCUCCUCCAACUGGUUGGCAGCAUUUUCCAGACAGAUUUAAUAAACAUACUCUCCAAUUAUUGUAAAUAAUUUAUGAAAAUGCACAUGAUACUGGCCUUUGCUUACUUUUUAUAAUCUAAUGUUGUACUUUUCACUUUGACAAAGAACAAUUGAUUGCUCUUUUGAGUACAAUUUCCCAGUGUCUCACAGUGGUUUUAUUUAGACUGCAUUCUCCUAGUUUUUAUGUAACAUCUGAUACAGUUGCUCAAAUCAAGAUAUAUGGUGAGUACCACCAUAAUACCUGAUACUGGAAAGAAAACAGCUUCAUUUUAUUUCCAUUAUCCAGGUCAAACACAAUUUCUUCUGGACAGAUCCCUGACUGUUGCUUAACCUAGCCAUUAUUCUAUUGACUGAAAUGAGCAAGAAUAAUUUGUUCAUGCGGUUUUGAAAUAAAUUAAAUUGGACAUUUA